AUCAACCACUAAACCUAGAUUGCGUGUGUCGAUGCAUUUUGCAUUUUUAAAGGAUCGUAUUUGAACUGACAAUAUUGGGAUAGUGUUAGAUUUAUACAAUCCUAGUUACUUUUUGGAAAAAUUUCCCACGCCUGUCGAUAUCAUGAUGAAAGAACAAAACCGGACCAUCGGCAUACUUGGCACUGGGGAAUUUGCACGUGCUCUUGCCAAGCGACUUUAUUUAUCUGGAUAUGACGUAAUUAUUGGUAGCAGACGACCGGAAGAAGCACAUAUUUCUGCGACGGAUGAAUGUUUAUGUAACUUGAGACUAAUGACUACUGAAGAAUGUAUCGAAUCAGUUUCAAUAAUUUUCUUGGCCAUCCAUGCGGAACAUUUUAAAGAUCUAUUAGGGGACCAUGAAGAUAAACUCAACGGCAAAAUUGUUGUAGAUGUCUCCAACCGGGAUAGGCCAAGUAAGUCCAAUUCUAAUGCAGAAUAUCUCCAGACCCUAAUUCCGCAAGCCUCAGUUGUAAAAGCGUUUAACGUCAUUUCCGCUUACGCGUUGGAAAACGAUUACAACACGAGCAGCCGACAAGUAUUCAUCGCUAGCAACAAUGAUCUCGCCAGAAUAGAUGUUUCUAAUAUUGCUCGUGCUAUGAAUUUCACACCUAUAGACCUUGGUAAUCUUGUUGCUGCCAGACGAAUUGAAAAGCAUCCAUUGUUACUAUUUCCCGAUUGGGGAAGACCUUGUGGAUUUACCAUUGUUCUGUUUAUUAUUUGGCUGCUGUAUCUUAUAUUCAUUUAUUAUGUUGAGCAGACGAUAUACGCGUGGGACCAGAUAUUUGUAAAGGUUUUGAACAAAGCCAUUUGUAUGACGGGAAUCACAGUGUUGUCUGUGACAUAUUUACCUAGCAGCUUCGCAGCAAUAUUUCAAGUAUAUUAUGGAACUAAACACAUCCGGUUUGCAGGAUGGUUAGACAAAUGGCUGAAAAACCGGAAACAGCUUGGUCUGAUUUCAUUCACAUUGAUCACAAUCCAUGUUCUUAUGUCGACGCUUAUAAUGUCGCCGACAUAUCUUAGGUCGUGGUACCAUUCCACUAAAAUAACUAUACCAUAUAACAUGUCUCGAGCGUAUGAAUUAGAAAAUAUUAACUGGAUGACAUGGAAAGGAGAGGCUGCAUGUAUGACCGGUAUCUUUUCAUUUACUAUCUUAUGUUUGGUAUGUGUUUCUACUUUGCCGUCUGUCGCAAACUCAUUGAAUUGGCGGGAAUGGCGCUUUGUGCAGUCGAAGCUUGGCCACGUGGCUUUAUUGUUAGCGGUUGUUCACGUGUUGGUAAUGGGCAUACCUGGAUGGCUGAAAAAUCCGAAAAGAAUAUACAAAUCCAUAACAUUUUUGUCUUCUAUUCUUCCAUGGCUUACUUUACUGUUGAAACUGUUUUUCACAAUUCCUUACGUUGAUGGAUAUGUUACUAAGAUUAGAAAAGGUUGGGAAAGGAAAGAAAGACGAUGUCAAGCCAAGUGUGUUCGCCAGAAGAAAGAAGAUCUUGGGGUCAUGAAUGCUAAAGACGCCGCGAAUCCAGAAAGUGGUCUAUUUCCAGAGUAUACUAUACAAAUGGUUUCAUUUGAUGAAAACGAGUGACGCACGUGCUUGUCAAGAUAAAACUUGACAUUAGAUUUAUGUAUAAUGUCUGAAAUGUACAUGUAAUGGUCAAAUUGUGUAUCUUCGCAUUCUUUACAUAUAUCAUUUGUUUGAGUGAGAGCGUACUCUCAAAUGUGUUGAAAAUUGUAUUUUUCUAUUAAUAAUCUGACUUCUACUUUUUUGUAAAAUUGUCCUUUAAAAUCAAAGUGCCAAAAAGUACGAAAUGCGUUGGUUGGGACGUUCUUGUUAAUACUUGAAAUGUUUAAAUGUGCACGAUUCCCAGUAAUGAACCUAAAGGCAUCUGGAAAAGUUAAAGAAUUUAUGCCUCUGCAAUUGUCAUUUUUCGUGAUAUUUUGAGAAACCUUUGAAAUGCUGUAUGCACAAAUAACGUCAACAUGCAUCGUUUAAUGUAUUCAUUCAUAGUUGCGGUAAAAACAACUUGCAAACAGUUUGAGACAUUGAAAAGUAACAAACGCGAUAACCAGUAUUGAGUGUUUCUAAAAGCCCAAAAUAUGAAAUGCUGUUUUAUAUAUCGCUUAUUAUGCGCCUCGAUGGCAAUUACAGAUUCUUUACACUGACUUUAUUAUAUACUCGUUUUGAGUCACAGCAACGUCUUUAUUUCAUACUGGGUGGCGUCAUUUUAAUGCGUGUCGUUGCAUUAUUUUUUCGGCGUAGCUGUCUAAGCCAACUUUUGACCUACUGAAAGAACCAAUAAAUGUUGUGCAUUUAUAAUUCUUAAACUAAUAAAAAAAAAGUGGGACUGAACAGAACUGAAUACAUGCUUAUUUUUAACUGGCUUGAAUUAAUAUACUGUUUCACAAUUUUCGUUACAUUACCACAGAAUAGAAACCGUCUCCAAUGACGUUCAUCGGAGAAGCACAAAAGAUUGACAGGAGAUAUUUAUACACGUAAUAUUGGAUAUUUACCUGAAUGAUCGUUGGUUUUGAGUACGCAAAUCUUCGGAACUCAUAUUUUGUAUAGUUUAGUUGACGGUCGUGGCGAGCUCGGCUAUCUCCGUAAACUCUGUAAUGUACUUUGCGGACUGAUUUCCACUGCUCGAUUAAACUUAUAGUGCUAAAUGCAAGAGUUUGAUAUGACUUUGAAUCACAAAAUGCCGUCUAUUUGCUAGUAUAUCUACCGAAAAGAGUCAGAAAUACAGUAUUUAUUAAAACUUGCACAGGAAUAUUCGAACUCUUUUGUAACGCGUCAUAAUUUUGUCAAGAAGUAAUGCAUUUCUUGUGUUAAGAGUGUCACACGGAAUAGUAAUAGUGAUUUUAUUUAAACUUCACAUGGUUAAAAAAGACAUUGCGAGAAAGCAUGCACAGUAUGAAAGAAUAUUUUUUAUAUUUCUUCAUCUAUACUGCAAUCCAACAUUUUCAAUACAUUAAAUCCCCUCCAACGCCGAAUAUCUUUUUUAACAGAUAUUUCUUGUUUAAAAUACGCCAGUAUUGUCAUGUUUAUUCAAACUAAGGAACAAAUUCAUAAUAAUCAUAAUAUUAAUACGUGUAGACAAUAAUGUAAUAAAAAGAUUAUUCGCUUUGCAUCGAGAAAUAUGCACUCGUUCUUUAGCGGAAUGAUAUUUCCGCAGCAUAACUCGUGCACAUUUCCCGAUACUAAUAAUCUAUAAUUAUCGCAUAAUAUAGAGCCCGUAAAUGUUCAGGAAGGGACUAAACCAAAUGUCAUUAACAUGUGGAAUGAUGGUUAAGUCGUACUGGCGAAAAUAAUCUGUCACUGAAAUGUUGCCAGAAUUAUGAUGAUAUCUGCCAUUUUGGAAUAUAUUUAGAUAUGUAGUUCGAGCCUCACUCGGGGUGUUGAAUUCUUCAUGUGAGGAAGCCAUCCAUCUGGGUGGUUCUACCCAGACGCAUGCCUGUGAUGAAAUAAUGCACGGAGGAGCACCUGGGGUUUUACUCUUAUUAAAAAUUUCGAAAUAUCCGAUGUGAAACUUUCAAAGUAAGAAAUGAUAAUGUAAUGUAUUUCAUCUAAAGGUCCGAUAUUUAGCUGCUUCUCUACACUUAAGACAUAUAUAGAUGUAUAUAUGAUUGUACUUUGUCAUGUUAU